AUGGCGCUCUCUCGUUCAAGUGGCCUUGCCAGCCAUGGAAUGCGCUUACUUGCGCAACCGGAAGGACGUCUCUGCCUUUCCUCUGCAUCACCAGCCUCUCGCCUCUCAUUAACAAGCUUUACACAUACCAACAAAGCUCCCUGCGCUGCUUCAUUCUCUCGUCCAUUCAGCCACUCCUCAUCUCUCCUCAAAAAGCGCAAAAUCGCUCCCGCAAGCAACAGCCCCGAAACUCCAUCAUCUUCAUCACCAUCACCACGCUCCUCCUCCUCCUCCAAAGCCGCCGACACCACCCAGCCCAAUCCCGAGGACCCCCUCGACUUCUCCUCCCUAACAGCCGCCUACGCCCCCAUCGACAUCCACUUCAAAGCCCAGCUCCAAGCCGUCCUCCACGGCGGCCGCUUCAACCCCGACGCCCUCGGCGCCCUCCCCGUCGCCCUCAAAGACGACGACGGCUCCAAAGUGACCUUUCCCCUCCACGAGCUCGCCCAGAUCGUGCCCCGCUCCGGCCGCAUCAUCUCGCUCCUCGUCAACGACCGCGAGUACCUCAAGCCCAUCAUGUCCGCCGUCCAGUCCAGCAAGGACUUCAACCAGCAGCCCCAGCGCUCCGACGACAAUGAGCUCGAGCUCCUCCUCAAGGUCGAAAUGGAGCGCAAGGACGACCUCGUGCGCCGCGUCAAGGAGGCGUGUCAGGCGUGGAAGGACAGGGUGCGCCAGGCGCGGACAAAGCACGAGAAGGCGCUCAAGGAGUGGAAGAAGAAUGGCACCGUGCUGCCGGAUGUGGUGAGGAAGGCGGAUAAGGAGCUGCAAAAGGUGCAGGAUAAGAAGAUGAAGGAGAUUGAUGGCGAGGAGGCGCAGGUGAUUAAGCAGCUUGAUCGCAACUGA